AACUGUGUGUGCGUGUGCGCGUGUGUGUGCGGUGUUGAACUCUUCCUGGUUCGGUGUGUUGUUGUCUCAGUCUUCUUCUCUUGGACUCUUUCAGUUUUCAGUCCGUCCCGCUCGGUUCGGGUCCAGCAGCCAGAUGAUGCCGCUGACCGACUAACAGCUGGAGGUUUUGAACCAGCAGUCACUGCUCGUUAACUAGCAACACGUCGCUGGUUAGUGAGCUAACCAUCUGCUAGCUGUAGAAGCCCUGUCAUUAACAGGAUGUUUGCAUCCUGCUGUAACUGGCUGUGUGUGGACUCGACUGAUGUUGAGCAGUCCAGUGAAGGUGAGCGACGUAAUCAGUCGUACACUAACUCGGCCUUCAGCAGCCAGCCGUCCCCUCCUCCACCUGAGCACACCUGUAAGGCCUGCGGGGGGAGCUUCGACACACCUGCCAAGAAGCAUGUGUGCAUGGACUGUAAGAAGAACUACUGUAGCCGUUGCUCCGCCCAGGUGGAGCCCCGCCCCCGCCUCUGUCACACCUGUCAGCGUUUCUAUGGCACCCUGCUGGUGCGGGCGGAGCUCAUGAAGCUGAAAGUGAGGGAGCUCAGGGACUACCUGCACCUGCACGAGGUCUCCACCCACCUGUGCAGAGAGAAGGAGGACCUGGUGGAGCUGGUUCUCAGUCAGCAGUCUUCACCAUCCAGUGAGUCGGCACCUGAGACCCCCAUCACCGACACCACGUCUGUGACGUCUGACCCCCCUGAUCUGACUCCUGACCCCCCAAGCCCGACCUCGUCCCCGACUCCAGCCCCGACCCCUGACCCCCCUGCUGCACAGCCUGAAGUCCCGGCCCCGCCCACAGAGACCACCCCCCCUGAGCCCGACGUUCAGGACGAGGACCAGACCUGGGACCCGGAGGAGGCCCCGGUUUCAGGUCGCAGGGCCUCCCUGUCCGACCUGAGCUGUCUGGAUGACAUCGAGGUGCUCAGCGUCCGACAGCUGAAGGAAAUCCUCGCCAGGAACUUUGUGGACUACAAAGGCUGCUGUGAGAAGUGGGAGCUGAUGGAGAGGGUGAGCCGGCUGUACCAGGACCAGCAGAACCUCCUGGCUGCCAACGCUGUGAACGCCUCAGAGUCUGGCGGCGGCGGUCCUACAGGUCUGGAGGAGAACCUCUGUAAGAUCUGUAUGGACUCUCCCAUCGACUGCGUCCUGCUGGAGUGUGGUCACAUGAUCACCUGCACCAAGUGCGGCAAGAGGAUGAGCGAGUGUCCCAUCUGCCGCCAGUACGUCAUCCGAGCCGUCCACGUCUUCAGGUCCUGAGUGCAGCGACCUGACCAGCACCCAGGACGAACCAUCUCCAAAGCAAUAACCUGCACACUUCCUCCUGAAGGGACCUUUAAGUGACAGAAAAUGUUUUUAUUUUGUGAAUUCUAUUUUUCUAGUGUAAAUAAGAUGUGUGGUUCGUCCAUGUGAAGACAUAAGAAGUGACCUUAUCAGACUGCAGAGCUGCUGUUCGAUCACAAACACUGAAUGUACAGAGCGACUCUGACAGCUUCACCGAGGUGCAUCGCAUGAACCCUUAAACUCCUGGACUGAGGAUCCUCGGUGCCUUCACCAGCUCCUCACCUCCUCCUGGAACCUCAGCAGGGAAUCCUGAGGCUGCUGAGAAGUUUCAGGACACUGAAGGAGGCGUAAAUCUACCAAAGUGAGCCGUGGCUUCACCUUGACAGGUGAGGAGGGUCCGCGCACACCUUCAGAUAGUCACCACAUGGCCUUUGACUUCCUGUUUGUUUACAGAGGACCUGUUAGUGAAGCUCCCACUCAGAUAUCAGCCGUCUUAAUUUUUACACAGUGAACAUGUGUAAUAAAACCCAAACUGCUGAUUAAAGCUGCUCAGAUGUCAGCAGUUUACCAUGGAGGAGAAUAACUGUGUUCACUCAACAACAGAUUAUUAAAACUGCCUUCAGAUCAGUUUAUUAACAGGAUAAUAACCUCUGACCUCAAGCCCCGCCCCCAGCGCAGGUGUUCAGGACUUCACCUGUCAAUCUCACCUUGAGCUUCCAGCAUUGAUAGACUGAGUAUAUUAAUGUGUUACAGAUUCGAAGGUCAGUAGAUUAAAGAAUAAAUAUCAGCAUGAGACAAAAUAAAGUGGAAGGCUCUCGUAGAACUACAGAGUGAUGUAAUCUGUAGUCCUAACACCUGGACAUCUGUUAGCAUCUGUUAGCAUUGUAGCUCCUCUGGUUCCCUCAUUACCACAGUAAAUGUCCCACAGUUUAAUUAUAAAGCUCUUCUGUGUGUUAAAAUGGUUAGUGGUUGCUAACAAGUGUCUAAAUGAGACUACAGAGGAUUUAAUUUAAUUCCUGCUUCAAACAUAAUGGAGUGGUUGUUCAUCUGUGAAGAUUAUCUUGAUGAACGAAGCCUGGGAGGAUCAGAAAUUUGAGAUUAUUUUCUGCAAUAAUCCAAAAUCCAAUUCAGAGGAACCAGGACGAUGCUAACUUCAGUGAGCUUUUAAUAAUACAUUGUGGCUGCAACACUCUUGUAGAGAAAAUGUUGUGAGUCAGUUCUUCAGAGCUUGUGGUCGUGUUGAGUUGAAACGUGUGACGGAGCGUCUUAACACGCUGUCGCUGUGCUGGACCGGGAACAAGACGACUUUCUAGAUAUUAUGUGUUUGUUUAAAUCUCCAUCAGGUGUAAAACCGACAUCAGCCUCCCUGAGAGACAGAGCUGCAUGACGUGUGUGUGUUUACCAGCAGACUGUCUCUCUGGUUUGAAGUUAAAACACUGAUUGCACUAAUCUGUUGAUGCUGAAGCAUUUGGAAGAAGAAUAAUGUGUUGUGGAGAGACGAGGCCAGAGAGACAUUUUGUCCUGUUCGUUUUCCUUGAGUUUUGUUGUUGUGGUGUAGUUGAGGGUUAUUUUUGUUUUGUGUUAAUAUUUUUGAGUUAAUUUUCUUUUUGUGAGACGGUUGGAUGGUUGGAGCGUCCAGCUGUUGUAAACUUUGGGAUCACACAUUUUAUUUGUAAUAUUUGUUUUGUCAUGAUCAGCCGCGGUACGUUUUACUGUGCUUUGAUUUUUCCGCUAUAAUUAAAGUGAAUAAUGUUGUAAUGGCAGCACUGUGCGAGCUUCAUAUGAUCAAGCUUCCUUUAGACAGAAACACACAAUCCUCUUCUUCAGCUACUGAGACCAGCACAGCUGUUAGCUAACGUGCUAGCAUCUGGCUGUGUGUUUGUCUGUAGCGCUGUGCUUCCACAGAAAUAAACCAGUGCCUCCUCGA